AGUGUGGCGAACAUUUGUGAUUAUUACGUGUUUGCAUUAAAUGAAUGUGCAACAAUAAAAAGGACGAAUAUCAAGAUGAACACUAGUCAGGGGUCAUUUCCGGUUUAUCCGAACGGAUUGAUGACAUCAUCCAAUGCGUCACAGUAUUAUACUGGCGUCGAUUAUAACACGUUCGAUACAUCGCUCUAUAUGUCGGAUUUGGACAGUGAUCUAUAUCUAGACCUUCGUCCUCUGAACAUCGUUUUAAUAGUGCUAUACGGAAUAAUUUUUCUUAGCGGAUUAUUCGGAAACAUAAUUGUGAUCAUUUCCAUCAUUCGCUUCAAAAGUCUCAGAACAUUGACAAAUUAUUUUCUGCUUAAUUUAACAAUCGGAGAUAUUUUAGUUAUCAUAGUGUGCAUUCCCCUUACGUUGGGAUCAACAAUUUACAAAAAGUGGGUUUAUGGAGAAAUGUUGUGCAAAUUAUUUCCCUUUCUACAAGGGUCUGCCGUAUCAGUGUCAGUGCUCUCCCUUUUGUCUAUUACUGGAAGUAGAUGUGUUGCCAUUUAUAGACCGCUUGUAUCAAAGAUAGUAUUUUCGAAACGGAAUGUUCGGAUGAUGAUACUUUUAAUUUGGAUUAUUUCUUGUGCUGCUAUGUUACCUUUUACACUAAUGGUAGACGCAAGCUCCUGCCAAAAUAAAAGGAACCAAAUCCUGUUACAACAAAGACGUCGAACAGUUAAAAUGCUCGUCUGUAUUUUAGUCACAUUUGGCAUCUGUUGGUUACCUUACUACGCUGUAAAUUUCUGGAUCGAUGCCAAUAUCGACAACGCGUCUAAAACGGAAAUUAUAUCAUCGGUCUAUAGGUACUGUUUUCCUCUAGUAAUUUUACUUGGACUAUCCAACUCAGCAGUAAAUCCGGUUUUUUAUUACAUAAUGUGUCGUGGAUUUAGGAGAAGUUUCAACACAAUAUUGUGCAGUGGCUUGCUCAAACGAGGGGAACAGCUGUUGGGACAAACAGUGAAAGCGAAACGUACAAUGAGUGAAAGUGUCGAUACAGCUCUGCUUUAGUUCAAUAAUGAUUAAAUGUUAUGGCAGAACGGAACUUAACCAGCGGUUAGUUAAGUUAAAAGUAGAGUUAUUUCGAACAGUGUUAUGCAUAAUAACAGUUGUAAGGAUACAUAAUACAAAAGAGGAAACAGCCCAACGCUGAAAGGUUCACAAGAAACAAUUACUCGGUUGGAUUAUGACUAGUAUGUCAUCAUUUCAGACAUAUUAUGCACGUAAAAUACUAAUUUACUUAAUAAGAUGGUUUGUUCUUCCUGAAAAUCAUGAGAAUUAAGUCAUGCUAACCAAUAUUAUUUGUAACUGAGAUCUAUCCCUUGCAAAUUAUUUGAAUAAUAAUUUAAUCAAACUAAUUGGGACAAUUAUGAUAUUAUUAUUACGUAGCAUGGUAAAGAUUAAAAGUGAAAUACUCAUACCUUUAGACUUCAGCAUACAAUAAUACAAUGAAAACUACAGGGAAUAUUCCGGGAGUUCAAAAUGUAAACAUAAACCCUGUUUAGGGGCACAAGGAAAGGGUCCAAAUGAAAAUAAACAUAGAAACAUCACAUGCACCAAUACAAACACCAAACAAUCUUACACAAUAUACACAAUUAAAAACACCACACACUAACCACACCAAAAUAGAUUUACCGUUAAAUGAUGGGAAUACCGCCUUGGAAAAAUAGUUCACUGGAACACGAGUCUUCAAGCUAUGUUGAUUGUGAAUUUGUAUUGUUUUGCCUUGUUAUAUUGUCUGCUGCUUUGGCUUCAGCUUUUCGCAUAAAUAUUCAAACGUAUAAAAGGUAUGUCAGUAAUUUUGAUGCUGCUAAGUUGAAUGAUAUGCAAAUGCUAAAAAUGCUGAAAAAUAGAUCGUAUUGAAUAUAACAAUCGAAAGACAAGACACUUCAAGAAUUCAUGAUUUUAACCUCACGAUUUCACGAUUUAACUAAUUGCUAAUUGUCUACGUGAAAAAGACAAGUAUUGAAUAUGAAACGUCGCCACCCUAGUCAUUUUGAAGUCAUAUAAGUGUUUAUUUGAAACAAAAAUAUGAAACAAACUUCUCUAGCUUAGAACAAUGUCAAUCGACAAAAUAUUGCAAAUAACAAAGCUAUAAGAUAAGUAUACGUAAAAAUAGUUUUGACACUUUCAGUUCAUUAUUUUAGUAUUUCCCAUUCACAAGUUCACUAUUUCAUCUUCAAGAAUUCAUACUGUUAACUUCACGAUUUCUACUUCACUUACUCCCGAUUUUAACAUCACAUAUCCCCGAAAACGUGAAUUAGACAAUUCGUGAAUUUAAGAAGUUGAAAUCGUGAUAUUUCAGAAGUCCAAACCGUCAAUUCGGGAAGGCGACCUUGUGAAUUUGAGAAAUUGAAAACGCAAAACUCGGGUAAAUGAAUGUGUGAAAUUAUAAAAGAGAAAUCAUGAAAUAUUGAAUAUGACAGGUCGCUACCCUAGUCAUUUUAAAGUCAUAUAAGUGUUUAUUUGAAACAAAAAUAUAUAACAAACUGCUCUAUGUUAGAACAAUGCCUUCGAAAAAAUGACAUUGCAAAUAAUAAAGCUAUAAGAUAAAACUACGUAAGAAUAGUGUUGACAUUUUCAGUUGUCCUUACCUUAAUCCAACUGUAACUCCGUCCUAGGUGUCCUGUGAUCAUUAUUUUACACUACCAUUGUUCACACUAACCUAUCACGCGUGAUUGGUCAUCAGUUGUCGAGUGUGUUGAUCUUUACACUUGCCAUUCUGAUUUUAUAGUGACCAGUCACUGUCUACAUAAUUGUUAUAAUUAAAUAUCUAGGAUAUUAUAUAUUGUUUCAAGUUAGUACAUUUUUGGUAUAUAAUAAUCAUACAAUAUGUGUUGUAAUAUAUCUUAGUUACAAUUGACAUCUGAUGUAAUUAGUCUACCUAUAGAUUUAAAAAGUCUGAAUAUCAUUUGCA